CGCCCCCGCCCGGUCCCCGCCGCCGCCGCCGCCGCCGCCGCCGCCGCCGCCUGCCCAGCGGCCCGGGAGGCGGAGGCGCGGGGGAGGAGGCCCCGCUUGGCUCCGCAGCCCCGGAUGCUGCAUGACUUCAUCUUUCCGCCGGCUCCCCUGCUGAGCUAGGGCCGGUCCGGCAGCUAGCCCGCCGCCCGCGCCCCGCCGCAGUCCCGCGCCCACCCCGCACCCGCCAUGUCCGAGAUCCUGCCCUACAGUGAGGACAAGAUGGGCCGCUUCGGCGCCGACCCCGAGGGCUCUGACCUCUCCUUCAGCUGCCGCCUGCAGGACACCAACUCCUUCUUCGCGGGCAACCAAGCCAAGCGACCCCCCAAGCUGGGCCAGAUCGGCCGAGCCAAGAGAGUGGUGAUCGAGGAUGACCGGAUAGACGACGUGCUGAAAGGGAUGGGGGAGAAGCCGCCGUCCGGAGUGUAGACGCGCCGGCUCAGGCGGCGGGCUCCGGGCCCAGCCCCGCGGCGGCCAGGACCGCGGGCCGGCGAUGCGGCUGCCGGCGCCCCCCGCCCCGGCCCAGGCGCCCGCGGGCGGGGGCUGCAGGGCCGCGCCGCUUUCGGGUCAUAGUCGCUGCCGCCGCCGCCAGGCACUCCGGAGCUGUCCGCUUCAGCACCACGGCGGCGGCGGUAGCGGCGGCGCGGACCGGCCCGGAGCCCGCCACCGCGCUCAUGCACUUUAGAACCUCGGGCCGCAGCCCCACCCCGCACACCGGAACGGACAGAGACCCGCGGCCCUCAGCCCCGGCCCGUCCCCUCCCGCACGGCUCCCCUGCCCCGCCCCUCUCAGGCAGGUCUGGUCCGCAGACCGGCUGCCUGCCGGUGUCGGACCUCGCACGCGGCCAGGGAUGUUUGGCUGCAUAUUUGCAUGAGCUUCCCACCCACCUGAGCCCAGCCCUCCAGGCCGCUCCUCACCCUCCACCCCUGUCUGGCGUGACCCCAGCCUCAGCCUCUUUCUAAGGGACUUCCUCAGCACAUUUGUAUUUUUAUAUCCGACUCUUUGUUUACUGAUUCCCCUCGUGGUUCAUGCCCUCCCCCCACGGUCUCGGCCACGCUCUUCUGCGCCUGGCAGAUAGGAUGGGUGUGGAGGCUGGGAUGGGACAAGCCCCCAACAUGGUAACCAACCAUAUGACCAGUCUGCCCAUGCCUGACCCCAGACGGCUCUCUGGCAGACCCCUCCCCUCAAGGUAUCACCUUCCAAGGGCCCAGGUCUGAUUUUACCUUGGACCCCUGCGUCCUGCCCCUGGGAAUCCAAAUGGGGGCUGCAUUGCAUCUUUGGAUGACACCUGUAGCCCUAGCCCUGGAGAUAUUCUCAACCCCAGGGAUGUCCUUUGUAAAUGUUCCUCCAUCCUCACUGUACCAGGAGUGUGUGAAUAAACACAGACCCCCCUGUGUG